GGCAUCCAUCAAGUCCAUCCAGCGACGUCCUCAGGCUAUAUUAUUCUAUUGGUUAGCUCCUUGUGCCUUUGCCUUUGCCUUGAUCGUACUUGGCUAGUCCCCUUCUGACAAGACCUCUCUCUCUGUGUGUGUGUGUGUGUGUCCUCGAUUUCGUCCUCUGGGCCCGCUCGAGUAUUGCUUGUUGAGUUCCAAAUCCGCUCCCGGUGUCUGAACUCUUCUUCGUCUCGCGGAUUCUAGCUCUCGCCCGGUUCGCCUUCCUCGAUUUCUCUAUCCUCUCCCCAUUGUCGGUCAUCUUCAUCGUCAUGCUUAACUCCGGCUUGAUCUCGCGAGUCUUGGCCCACCCGGCCAUGGGCUCAGGCGCCACCCGGGCCGCUGCGGCUCGCUCGCUCUCCACCUCCAGCUCGCAAUCGGCCCGUGUGGCCGUGAUGGGCGCAUCAGGCGGGAUUGGUCAGCCCUUGUCGUUGCUGCUCAAGCUCAAUCCGGCCGUGACGCACUUGAACUUGUACGACAUCGUGCACACGCCCGGCGUGGCCGCCGAUCUGUCCCAUUGCGAGACGCGGGCCGUCACUCAGGGCUUUGUGGGCGAUGACCAGCUCAAGGCCUCGCUCGAAGGCGCCGAGAUCGUAGUCAUCCCGGCCGGUGUGCCCCGCAAGCCCGGCAUGACCCGCGACGACUUGUUCAACACCAACGCCUCGAUCGUGGCCAACUUGGCUAAGGCCGCGGCCGAGGUCUGUCCCAAGGCGUUUGUGGCCAUCAUUUCCAACCCGGUGAACAGCACGGUACCCAUUGCCAGCGAAAUCUAUAAGAAGGCCGGCGUGUACGAUCCAUUGCGGAUCUUUGGCGUGUCCACCCUGGACGUGGUGCGGGCCAAUGCCUUUUUGGGCGAGGCCAAGGGCGUGGAUCCGGCUGAUGUCAACUGCCCGGUGGUGGGCGGUCAUGCCGGUAUUACCAUCAUUCCCCUCAUCUCCCAAUGUUCGCCCAAGAUCGAAUUGCCCGAGGAUAAGCUGAAGGCCAUGACCGAGCGCAUCCAAGAUGCCGGAACCGAGGUGGUCAAGGCCAAGGCCGGUUCGGGAUCAGCCACGCUGUCCAUGGCUUACGCCGCGGCGCGCUUCACGGACUCCCUCAUCAAGGCCACCCAAGGCCAAAGCGGGGUGGUUGAGUGCUCUUACGUGGCUUCCGAUGUGACUGAGGCGCCCUAUUUCGCCACCCCCAUUUUGUUGGGCCCCAACGGUGUGGCCAAGAACUUGGGCUUGGGCACGCUCUCACCCUUUGAGGAAGGUCUGCUAAAGGCGGCUAUACCGGAGUUGAAAAAGAGUAUCGCCAAGGGUGUGGAAUUUGUCAACAAGAACUAUUAAGGCCAGACCAGAUCCACGGCUCUUAUCCGUUAUUGAAACCAAUUGGAUGCUGAUUUAUAAAUAUACAAGAAAGAUCUUACCUAAAAAUCCAAAUAUACCGCGAAACACCACU